GAGAGCGUGCAAGGUAGUUCAGGAAAUUUAAACCGCUUCAGUUUGAACUUUUCUUUUUUUCACUCGUCUCCUUUAAAACUUUCCGUCCAGCCUCUCUCGCUCUCACUUCUGUGUUGACAGUCACUUGAAAGUUUGUCAAACUUCGCAGCGGGUGACCGCAGUGCAACAGGGUGCUGGAAGACAGAUAUCAGUACAGAAGAGGAAAAAGUGCACCGGGACACUGACCUCCCUCCCAAGCCAGACCGGCUCGUUGGUGUGGGGUCUCCGCCGCAGGACAGAAGGGGACAAACUGCCACCUGCCUCCCCUGCAGCUGUGUGUGAGAACAAAAAAUCAACUAGAAGAGCCGUGUGCCUGGUACUCUGGACCGGCAGUGAAUGUGGUUUGUCAUCUCCACUGGUUGUCUGGACAAGCAAUCAUCUCCUCUUUGUCAGGUGCCACAAGGUGAAGUCAGUAUAGUGUGAGCGGGAGCCCUGAGAUGGCGACGCAGGGGCUGGCGGCCCGGCUCUUCGUGCUGCUGGCCGUGUUGGCAGUGGCUCAUGCCUCCGUCUUCCAGUCCAAUCAGAGACUGAAACCUCGGUUGCAGCGAGACCGGCGCAACAUCCGUCCCAACAUCAUCCUCAUCCUCACCGAUGACCAGGACAUUGAAUUGGGCUCCAUGCAGGUCAUGAAUAAGACCCGGCGGAUCAUGGAACAGGGUGGAACGCACUUCUCCAAUGCGUUUGUCACCACGCCCAUGUGCUGUCCAUCACGCUCCUCCAUGCUGACGGGGAAGUACGCCCACAACCAUAACACCUACACCAACAACGAGAACUGCUCUUCGCCCUCCUGGCAGGCCCAACAUGAGCCACGCACUUUUGGAGUUUACCUCAACAGCACUGGCUACAGGACAGCAUUCUUUGGGAAGUAUCUGAAUGAGUAUAACGGUACUUACAUUCCUCCGGGCUGGAGGGAGUGGGUCGCCAUGGUGAAGAAUUCCCGCUUCUACAACUACACUCUGUGCAGAAACGGCGUCCGAGAGAAACACGGAUUUGACUACUCAAAGGACUACCUGACAGAUCUCAUUACCAAUGACAGCAUCAGUUACUUCCGAAUGUCAAAGAAUGUCUACCCUCACCGACCCAUCAUGAUGGUGAUCAGUCACGCCGCCCCUCAUGGCCCGGAGGACUCGGCCCCUCAGUACACUACUGCUUUCCCCAACGCUUCACAGCACAUAACGCCCAGUUAUAACUACGCCCCUAAUCCAGACAAACACUGGAUUAUGCGCUACACCGGCCCCAUGAAGCCCAUUCACAUGGAGUUCACCAACAUGCUGCAGCGCAAGAGACUGCAAACACUGCUGUCCGUGGAUGAUAGUGUGGAGAAGAUAUACAACAUGUUGGUGGACACUGGAGAGCUGGACAACACAUAUGUGAUCUACACAGCUGACCACGGAUAUCACAUCGGUCAGUUCGGACUGGUCAAGGGGAAAUCCAUGCCCUAUGAGUUUGACAUCAGAGUUCCCUUUUACAUCCGCGGCCCAAAUGUGGAGGCAGGAGGCAUCAACCCCCACAUCGUGUUGAACAUAGACUUGGCCCCCACCAUCCUGGACAUUGCAGGGAUGGACGUUCCACCAGACAUGGACGGCAAGUCCAUCCUCAAACUUCUGGACACAGACCGCAUGAUGAACAGGUUCCAGCUCAACAAGAAAGGAAAAGUGUGGAGGGACUCGUUCCUGGUGGAGAGAGGAAAACUGCUGCAUAAAGUGUUGAAUGAUGGGAAGGAUAUGGCCCAGGAGGAGAACUACCUGCCCAAAUACCAGCGUGUUAAAGACCUGUGCCAGCGCGCAGAGUACCAGACGCCAUGUGAACAGAUCGGUCAGAAGUGGCAGUGUGUUGAAGACGCCACAGGGAAGCUGAGGUUGUCUAAAUGCAAAGGCAUGUCCAGUGUGUCUGCAGUGCAGAAGCCAUCUGUAUCCAGCAUCAAAUCACAGAUUUAUCUGCAGAGCAUGAGCGCUGAUGUCAGCGUGAACUCUGAGCCUCAAGGCUGCAACUGUGAACCCAAAAGCUACAGAACAAGUACCUUCUCCACGAAUAAGCUGCUCGCCAAAAAGAAACUGAAAUCCCUGAAGAGCUACUCCAGGAACCGCUUUGCCCAUGCUGUUUCCAUGGAGAUGGGAGGAGACCUGUACGCAGUGGACCUGGAUCAUGAAUACAGACCCUCAGGGCCCAGAAACCUCAGCCUCAGGCAGAACACAGCAGACGAGGACGAGUUCAGCGGUGUGGGACCCACUGCAGUCAGCCAGACCAGCAACAGCCUGACUGUGCCCUCGUCUGUUAAAGUCACUCACAGAUGUUCCAUUUUGGCCAAUGAUACAGUAAAAUGUGACGUUGGUCUGUACAAAUCGCUGCAAGCAUGGAAGGACCACAAGCUCCACAUCGACCACGAAAUUGAAACACUCCAGACAAAGAUUAAAAACCUUCGUGAGGUCCGAGGUCAUCUGAAAAAGGCACGACCUGAAGAGUGUGACUGCAACCAAUACUAUUACAAAUCCAUGUACAAGAGUAAACUGAGGAAAUACAAAGCAGGAGAUGUCCAUCCCUUCAGGAAAGGACAGGAGAAGGGUAAGAAGGCCUGGUUAUUGUUGGAACAAAAGCGCAGGAAGAAGCUGAGGAAGUUACUGAAGCGCCUGCGUAACAAUGACACCUGCAGCAUGCCUGGCCUCACCUGCUUUACACACGACAACCAGCACUGGCAGACCGCUCCAUUCUGGACAUUGGGGCCGUUUUGUGCGUGCACUAGUGCCAAUAACAACAGCUACUGGUGCAUGAGGACCAUUAAUGAGACACACAACUUCCUGUUCUGUGAAUUUGCCACUGGAUUUCUGGAAUACUUUGACAUAAACACAGAUCCAUAUCAGUUGGUGAAUGCAGUGAACACACUGGACCGGUAUGUUCUCAAUCAACUGCAUGUUCAGCUCAUGGAGCUCAGGGGCUGUAAGGGACACAAGCAGUGUAACCCUCGUACACGCAGCCUCGAUAUGGAGGACAGAUAUGGGAAGGAUGGGAAGGAUAACUCAUGGAACGAGGACGUCCCGGAAGACACCAACAUGUUUCCCGGUGAGCCGAACUGGUCCGAACUUGAACCUUUGUACAGACUUGAUGAGCACGCCUACGAUCUCAAACUCAACUUCACCCUCAGCCGCGAGAACUGGGCUCAUUUCAGCCGCUCCGUGGACCACAUGUUCACGCUCCUCAGCAACGACAACCAGCCGUACUCUCCGCCCCGCCCUGAGGACGGACAAACAGGAAGAGGCCACGCCCUGGUGUCCUCCAGCCAAUCCGCUUCAGCCAUCUACCUGACCACUCUGGCCACGCCCGCUCUUUUAUUGAAGGAAGCUGGCGCUGAGAUCUUGAGAGACGCUUUGGGGCUAAACCAAGUGGAACCUCCCUCUUCUUCUUCUCCUCCAUCGCCUUCAUCGCAUCCCAUGCGACCUGUCAGGUCACAAGUGGACAAUGCAGGCUGGGACGCUCCUCUUGGAGAACUGAAAGGGGACAUACAGAGAGAAGGGAGGGACGGUGAUGAGGAAGAAAAGGAGGAGUUUGUUCAGAGACGGACAGGAAGGUUAAGCUCCGCCCACUGUGACUGCAAUGACAUUUUGCAGGAAACGGUUUGACUCUUAUGUAAUAUUCCUCUCUCUCAUACCGUCCCAUCUCAGACAGACAUUGCAAAAUACUUCUAAAUUUGAUGGAUAUGAAGGAAGAGGAUGUUUAAUGCCCGCAUACAGUUUGUUUUUCUUCUCCUGUAUGUUCCCUCGCUCCAUUAUGGACUGGCCUCAGAAGUGCGGCGACACCCAGCGACAUUUCCAUCUACAGUCGGACUGUUUUCCCAACUUGUCCAUGAGAUCGGCUAGGCUUUGAACAGAGCACAUUUUUAUCUUUUAACUUAGAUUCUUUACUCUGUUUUUAUUCUUUCAUCUUUUUUGAUGGGAUUUGGGAAGGCUGGGGGUUAAAA